GGGCAUGCAGCGUGGCGCCCGUCGAGCGGCCGCGCGCGGCUGCGCGUAGCGGCGGGCGGGACGGGACCCCGAGCCCCGCGCGCGGCUCCCGGCUGGCCCCGCGGGGACCGAGGCUCGGCGCAUCCCGCCCGGGGCUCCCGGAAGGGCGGGCGGGAGGUGGUGCCGGAGCGGGAAUGCUGCGGCCCGGGGGGUAACCGAGCCGACCUACCUCCCCCCCCAACCUCCGUGUGCGCGGAGGGAUGGAGCCGAGGAGCCCCUGCGAGGCUCCGCCGCUCCCCGCCAACGAGUCCUACCACGGGCGAAACUGCAGCGCCGAGGAAGGGAUCUACCAGGAUGCCACCCCUCUCUCCGGGAAGAUCGUGCUGGCCGUCGUCCUGGCGCUCGUCACUCUGGCCACGGUGCUCUCCAACGCCUUUGUCAUCGCCACGGUCUACCAGACGAGGAAACUCCACACCCCGGCCAACUACCUGAUCGCCUCGCUGGCCGUCACCGACCUCCUCGUCUCCAUCCUCGUCAUGCCCAUCAGCACCAUGUACACUGUGACCGGCAAGUGGACGCUGGGCCAGGUGGUCUGCGACAUCUGGCUGUCCUCGGACAUCACCUGUUGCACGGCGUCCAUCCUGCACCUCUGUGUCAUCGCCCUGGACCGCUACUGGGCGAUCACAGACGCCGUCGAGUACUCCACCAAGCGGACUCCCAGGCGGGCGGCGGGCAUGAUCGCCCUGGUGUGGGUCUUCUCCAUCUGCAUCUCCAUGCCCCCUUUGUUCUGGCGGCAGGCGAAGGCCGAGGAGGUGUCCAACUGCGUGGUGAACACGGACCACGUCCUCUACACCGUGUACUCCACGGUGGGAGCCUUCUACUUCCCCACGCUGCUGCUGAUAGCCCUCUACGGGAGGAUCUACGUGGAAGCCAGGUCCCGGAUUUUGAAGCAGACGCCAAAGAAAGCGGGUAAAAGACUAACGCGGGCUCAGUUAAUCACGGAUUCCCCGGGGUCGUCCUCCUCGGUCACGUCCAUCAACUCCAAGGCCCCCGAGGGAUCCAGCGAAACGGGCUCCCCCGUGUACAUGAACCAGGUGAAGGUGAAGGUCUCGGAUGCCCUGCUGGAGAAAAAGAAGCUCACGGCCGCUAGAGAGCGGAAAGCUACAAAGACUUUAGGGAUUAUUUUAGGAGCCUUCAUCGUCUGUUGGCUGCCCUUUUUCAUCAUCAGCCUGGUGUUGCCUAUUUGCAAGGACGCUUGCUGGUUCCACGUGGCCAUCUUCGACUUUUUCACGUGGCUCGGAUAUCUCAACUCCCUCAUCAACCCCAUCAUCUAUACUAUGUCGAACGAAGACUUCAAACAAGCUUUCCACAAACUCAUACGUUUCCGAUGCACAAGCUGAACCUUUUUGAAUGCGAUGUGUUCUCCGGGACUUGCCCCCAUGCACGCCCGUGCCCGAGGCCACAGAAUCAAGUUGCUAUUGUAAAGACCCACUGCUUGAAACUUCCCGAAGCCCAGUUGCCAGACUCAUGAUGCUGCAAAAACAUCAAUGCAUACUGCCACCAAACUGCUCAGCUCUGCAUUUCAGUGUAAUGACCCUGGCAGAGAUGCUGUUCUGAUAGUCAUGCAGAUCAGUUGCAAAAAAGAGGGCAGCCUCGAAUCAAGGUCUAUAAUUCAUCUGGAUUGAAGAAAAAGUUUGAGAGCAAACUCCAUUUAUUUUGCAGGCUUAACUUCUUAAUUUGUUCUCCGGCCGGUUGUAGGGGUGUGCACAAGAGCACAGUUGUCUCUGUCUAUGUUGGUAGCAUAGUUGUACUUCUGCACACCUGUAAUUUCUUUCUUUCAGUGGAAAGAGUUGCUCCCUUCACCUAUGAGGCCAAGAGGAGAAAAAAAAAUUGCAGCAUUUAAUACAGGAGCAUCACAGUAAAGUCUGUAAAUGACUCCUUCAGCUGAACAUGUGUGAGAAGUGACAGUGUGCAAAAGUUGUGUUUGUAUUUCAAAAAAACAGCAAAUGCUGUAGAAACAAGAGUUGUAGACCUCUUCAACUGCACUGCAUAUCUAGUCUGUCCUCAUACGUUUAUAAGGUAAAUACUUCUUGCUUCUACUCCGUAACUCAAGAGCAGAAAACAAGAAGUCCAGUGACUUUUUUUUUACCAUGAACCAGCUGGGAAUAGAAGUAGCAGUUUGAUGUUGUAACCAUGUGUUCCAUUUUGUGUCAGUUGCACACCCUUACUGCAUGAACCACUGCAAAAUUUAGAAUUCUCUAAUUACAUAAUUCAGUGUAUUUUGUAAAGAAGUGAAGCAGUUUGCUCUUUCGGAAGAGCUAUAUCACCUGCAAAAUAAAUACCCAUGAAUCAUUAAUUAACUGAUGUUGGUGAAAUUACUCUUCUUCCUUCUUCCCCCCCCUAUUUUUUUUUUUCCUGCUCAGACCUUCCUUAAGACAGGUCUGUGCAUAUUCAGCAAAGUUUAGAGUUCCAGGAUAUGGUCCACCUGCUGUGAUAGAACUGCAUUGAUUGUUCCUCCUAUGUGUAAAUGAAAAUGAGCAUAAACAAUAAAAUGCUUUACUGUGUUCUCAAGAGUGUUUGGUGGCGAUUGUGUGACUGAAAGGAGUAUUUAUUGGUUUACCUAGUUUCUCAAUAUUGACUUUUUAGGUAAUGCCUGAUUUGAUGAGUCACUCAAAGCAAUUGAUGAAGGCUGAAAUUGCAAGCUUCAAUCAGUGGUCAGUUUUUUAACAGGCAGCUCUGU